AUGGGCAGAGGCUAUUUACUGGUUUGUGCGGCAAUCAAGCAUAUCCUGCCCUCCAUGGUAACGACUUCUGGAACCCAUCGGGCUAACAGCGUGUCCCCGUUUCGACCAUGGCUAAUUCCUGGUUAUAUUCUACCGAGAGCCCUCUUUCUGGUCGUUCAAGUCGUCGAACUAAUUAUCGUACAUCCGUUGAAGGGAUUGUUCGAUCAUGUCAUCGCCAGCGGUGUUGGUGAUGAAGUUAACCGACAAUGUUUUGCGGUUGGCCGAAUGAGCCAUGAUCCUGAAACUGGUCACACUUUCGAGGCGUGGUUCAAGCGCUGGGAAGACGUGUUCCAAACAGAUUUCAGUUGUCAAGACGAUGCAUGGAAAGUGUGCCUUCUGGUCCGAAAACUUCGAAUCACUGAACACUCCAGAUUUGUUGACCACAUUCUUCCAAAACUAUCAAGAGAUUUGAAAUUUGACGAAGCGUUGGCACAAUCAUCAGAAAUCUUUGGUGAGUCAGCUUCACUGUUCCGUAUCCAAUACAAUUGCCUGAAAAGUAAUAAACGGAAUGGAGAGGAUUACGGCAUGCUUGCUGACAGAGUCGAUCGUGACUGUGAACGCUUCAAACUUUGUUCAUUAACCAAUGACCAAUUCAAGUGCCUCAUUUUCAUCAGAGCACUUCAGAAUCUAGAAGAUGCCGACAUUCUUAUCCGUUUAUUGUCCAGGCUUGAUCAAGACUCGGAUAUGAACCUGAAGAUUCUCAUGACCGAAUACAAACGACUUAUUUCCCUGAAACACGACACUGCCUUGGUCGAACAGAAUACUUCUAUAGCUGACAUUCAUGCAAUGCAUUGA